CUUGUGAGAAGACUUGCAGUGAGAAGACUUGCAGUCUCUACAACACCCUGCGAGCGCCAGAUCAAUUGCACCGGAAUCGUGAUGCAGGCCUUUAGAUCAACAGUGCGAGUUGCUUCGCAGUUCAGGCCUACUGGCCUCCCCAGGUUCUACUCCACACAGAAGAGCUACGAGCACCUGCUUGUCUCGACACCGAAGCCCGGCGUUGGGUUCAUCCAGCUCAACCGUCCCAAGGCCCUCAACGCGCUAUGCACUCCGCUCAUCCUCGAACUCAACCAGGCACUGCGCGACUUCCAAGCCGAUAAGUCCAUUGGCGCAAUCGUCUUGACCGGCUCCGAGAAGGCCUUCGCCGCUGGUGCAGACAUCAAGGAGAUGAAGGACCUCACCUUCAGCAACGCAUACGGAAACGACUUCAUCGAGACAUGGUCAGACCUCGUUACGUUCCUCAAGAAGCCGCUCAUCACAGCGAUCAAUGGAUACGCGCUUGGCGGAGGCUGCGAGCUUGCCAUGAUGGGAGACAUCCUGUACGCUGGACCAAAGGCAGUGUUCGGUCAGCCGGAGAUCAAGUUGGGUGUCAUUCCUGGCGCAGGAGGUUCGCAGCGUCUGACAAAAGCGAUUGGCAAGUCAAGGGCUAUGGAGACUAUCUUGACUGGCGACAACAUUUCUGCUAAGCAGGCUGGCGAAUGGGGGCUGGUCGCAAAGGUGUUCGAAACACCCGAGGCUACUGUAGAUGGAGCUAUCGCAACUGCGGAGAAGAUCGCAGGGUUCAGUCAGAUCGCUGUCAAGGCUGCAAAGGAAGUUGUCAACAAGAGCCAGGACCUGGGUAUCAGGGAAGGCGUCGAGUACGAGAGGAGGGUGUUCCACGGCCUGUUCGGCAGCCAGGACCAGAAGAUUGGUAUGGCUGCUUUCGCCGCCAAGGCAAAGGCCGAGUGGAAGAACGAGUAGAGCAGUAACGCCAAAUUAAAUGCAGAAGAGCAUUCGUAUUUCAUUCGUAUUAUGGAC